CGCGCAUCUUCCGCUUCUCAACUAAACCAAAACCAACCGGAACACUGCACAUUUUCGGACUGAUGGAGUAACGAACGACAACGCGAUUUUUAUUUCUUCCAUAGUCAUAGUAUACACCCUUUGCCCGUCUCAUCAUCGACGCAUCGGUUCAACGCCUGGCAUGUUUCCAAAGAGGAGGGAGGCCGGUUCGACGUGCAGUUCGACUGGCCGAGUCACCGCCCGGCUGCUGCUCUCCUUCCUCGCCCUGUCAGCAUCACCCAUCGCCGCGGCAAGUAAUCCGAAACAAGAUGCACAGCUCGUUCUCCCGAUAGAGGUCGCCCCAAUAGCUCCGCUAAUACCAGAGCCCCCGGCGCCGGCUGAACACACCUUCACCCUCCGACACGUCUACCAUCACGGCACCCAUAAACACCCUACCCUCCAUCGCAAACACGACGUUAGCCCAUCGAAUGCGGAGGUAUGGCUGGCGGCCGAGGACGGUUACGAGGCCGAGCGCAUUGGGCCCCUGCGGGCUCGAAGCAAUGCGCUCCGGAUACAACGGCUGGUGGAUCGGAGGCCCAGUGUCGUAGACCCUAUGGUGGCCCAGUCACGGCAGCAGGGGUUCGUCUCGGUGCUUUCGCCAUCCGCAUGGACGGUCGAUGAUGUUGCCGGGCCCGACGUCACCGACAAGGACACCGUCCUGAGCAUGGCCCUGAUGGCGGCCAACGCCUACGUCGAAGGGCCGGGCAAGGCCGAUUGGGAAGACGUCGGCGGCCCGUUCAACCGGAGUCUCGACUUUGGCUGGGAGGGCGAUGGGCUGCGGGGCCAUGUGUUCGCCGACGAGACCAACUCGACGAUCGUCAUCGGGCUGAAGGGGACCUCGCCUGCUGUUUUCGACGGCGAUGGCACUACGACCAACGACAAGGUCAACGAUAACCUUUUCUUCAGUUGCUGCUGCGCCCAGCAGGGACCGUGGACCUGGCAUCAAGUCUGCGACUGCGCGACGGGCACAUACACGUGUAACAACACGUGUGUCUCCCAAGCCCUCCGUGAGGAGAGCCGCUAUUACCAGGCGGCACGCGAACUGUAUGCCAACGUCACCGAGGUUUAUCCCAACUCGCAUGUCUGGAUUACCGGUCAUUCGCUGGGUGGGGCUGUCAGCUCGUUUCUUGGCCUCACGUACGGCGUGCCCGUGGUGACGUUCCAAGCGGUACCCGAAGCCCUUCCCGCAGCACGGUUGGGGCUGCCUGUGCCUCCGGGUGCCGACCCGAGCGCGCCCCAGACUAGGGACUACACGGGGGCGUUUCACUUUGGGCACACAGCCGACCCUAUCUACAUCGGGACCUGCAAUGGAGCGACAGCGUCGUGCUCGUUCGGGGGUUACGCGCUGGAGUCGGCCUGCCAUACGGGCCGAGAAUGUGUUUACGACACAGUGGGCGACAAGGGCUGGCGCGUUGGUAUCGGAACACACAAAAUCCUGGCGGUAAUUCGCGACGUCAUCUUGAAGUAUGAUACGGUGCCCGAGUGCAAGUUCACACCAGAAUGCAGGGACUGUGGCAACUGGAAGAUGUACGAAAGCAACGGGACCGAGUCCACGACGACCUCGAGCGUCCCGACAACGACGUCCAUGACUCGCACCCGCACAGAGACCUGCAAAACACCGGGCUGGUGGGGUUGCUUGGACGAGUCGACCACCGCGACUGGUACCGAAACGUCCGAAGUCACAACAACGUCGACGACCACAACCACAACCACAACCACGUGUCUCACUCCGGGCUGGUUUGGGUGCAAGGACAAGACCACCACGAGCGUGACUACUACGACAUCAACGACGUCAACUGCAACCACCACUUGCAUGACGCCAGGCCGGUUCUGGGGAUGCAACGACGAGACUUCUGCUGUGGAGUCCGGCGUCACGUCGACACAGGAACCCAGCACCAUUACUCCCGCUCCAAGCAUGCCCAGCCCUACGACGGCGCCCUCGUCAGCACCUGCAGACCAGGAUCCGCCCCAGAGCCGAUGUGUCCACCGGGCUUGGUACGGUAUGUGCAAAGAGUGGGAGGGCGACAACCCCGAGAGCAACGACGACAUGUAAGAGCAUUUGCAACGGAUUUGAGUUUGUGAUUAUCCUUGGUUGGCUAGGUAUCCGGCGCGUUUGGAGUUUCAGAUCAACAAGAUGCGAACUUGGUUUUGCGUAACAUACAUACAGAUUAGGUACACUACAGGGAGUUUCCUUGGCGGGUUAAGGGCAACAGAUUCAGAGCAUACCGUAGCGGUUUAUAGGUUGCAUGGUAAACAGGUAUUCAGAGUCAUAUGACAGACGAAGUCUCACUCCUCGUGUACGAGGGCC